AUGUCCCAAGAGGUAAUUGACCAAAUCGUAAAAUACCUGACACCGCAGGUUCCAAUUACACCCAUUUCCCAGGGUGCGGAGGCCGUCGUGUUCCUUACCAAUGUUCAUCCAUAUGAUAUUGGCAGAUCAUAUCCAGAUGCUAAGUACAUUAUCAAGUAUAGACCGCCCAAAAAGUACAGACAUCCAUCAAUAGAUAGAGCUCUUACUAAGCACAGAACUUUAAGUGAAUCCAGAAUUCUAGCCAAGUUAUCGCAAAUCCCGGAACUACAUGUACCUCGCCUCAUCGCCUGUGAUCCUUAUAACGGAUGUAUAUGGAUCGAGUACCUGGGGGAAAAUUUGCCGAAUAAUUGCGGGUUUAGCAAUCUCAAAAACUACCUCUGGAUGAAUGCGGAUGAUCCGUAUAAUGCAGAUGUUGAAAAGACACUCGUUAAAGUAGGUCAACAGAUUGGACAGCUACAUUGGCAGGAUUAUUGCCACGGUGACCUUACGACCUCUAAUGUCGUGCUUUCGCGUCGUGGCGGCGAAUGGGAGCCAUUUUUGAUCGAUUUUGGUCUAGGAUCUGCUUCAACGCUUGUAGAGGACAAAGGGGUUGAUUUAUACGUCUUAGAGAGAGCGAUUAUCAGCACUCAUUCGCGGUUUGCAGACAAAUACAAUAUGUGGAUCAUGCAAGGAUUCAAAGAUGUUUUUGGUCAACACGGUAAGGUCGGGGACAAAAAGUUGAAAGACACACUAAAAAGGUUCGAGGAAGUCAGAUUACGAGGAAGGAAAAGGAGUAUGCUGGGAUGA